GGGAACCUAACCCGGGUCCUCUGCAAGAGCAGCCAGUGCUCUUAACAUCUGAGUCAUCUCUCCAGCCCCAGGAUGCCCAUCUUUUUGAAAAGAAAAUCCUUAUGCCUGUCCAAAGGGGAUGCCUAGUCUCUGUUCACUCAAGCUACUUUACUGAGCACACAGUCAGAUGUUCUGGUGUGAUGGUCGGCUCCCACGUGGACAUGGCACCAGCUUCGACGGCAGAGGGGACCGGGGAAAAGCCGGGCACCGCCGCCCCAGCCCCCACCCCAACAGCUCAGUACGAGUGUGGGGAGUGCGGCAAGUCGUUCCGGUGGUCGUCGCGGCUUCUGCACCACCAGCGCACGCACACGGGAGAACGACCCUACAAGUGCCCAGACUGCCCCAAGGCCUUCAAGGGCUCCUCCGCCCUCCUCUACCACCAGCGAGGCCACACGGGUGAGCGGCCCUACCAGUGUCCCGACUGUCCCAAGGCCUUUAAGCGCUCGUCCCUGCUGCAGAUCCACCGCAGCGUGCACACGGGCCUGCGGGCCUUCACCUGCGGCCAAUGCGGCCUUGCCUUUAAGUGGUCGUCGCACUACCAGUACCACCUGCGGCAGCACACGGGGGAGCGGCCCUACCCGUGUCCGGACUGCCCCAAGGCUUUCAAGAAUUCGUCCAGCCUGCGGCGCCACCGGCACGUGCACACCGGGGAGCGCCCUUACACCUGCGGCGUGUGCGGCAAGAGCUUCACGCAGAGCACCAACCUACGGCAGCACCAGCGUGUGCACACGGGCGAGCGGCCCUUCCGCUGCCCACUCUGCCCAAAGACCUUCACGCACUCCUCCAACCUGCUGCUGCACCAGCGCACGCACGGCCCCGCCCCCGGCGCCGCUGCGCCCCCCGCCCACGAGCCUGGCCCUACACCUGCGGCGUGUGCGACCUUCACGCACUCCUCCAACCUGCUGCUGCACCAGCGCACGCACGGCCCCGCCCCCGGCGCCGCUGCGCCCCCCGCCCACGAGCCUGGCCCAGCCGAGUUCCGCUGCGGCAGCUGCGACGGCGCAUUCCCGCAGCUGGCCAGCCUGUUGGCGCACCAGCAGUGCCACGUGGAGGAGGCGGCGGCCGGGCGCCCACCCCCCCAGGCCGAGGCCGCUGAGGUCACCUGUCCCCAGGAGCCCCUGGCCCCGGCUGCCCCGCCGGCGCCCGUGUCCGCGGAGCGGCCCUACAAGUGCGCCGAGUGUGGCAAGGCCUUCAAGGGCUCGUCGGGGCUGCGCUACCACCUGCGGGACCACACGGGUGAGCGGCCCUACCAGUGCGGGGAGUGCGGCAAGGCCUUCAAGCGCUCGUCCCUGCUGGCCAUCCACCAGCGCGUGCACACGGGCCUGCGGGCCUUCACCUGCGGCCAGUGCGGCCUCACCUUCAAGUGGUCGUCGCACUACCAGUACCACCUGCGGCUGCACUCGGGCGAGCGGCCCUACGCCUGUGGGGAGUGCGGCAAGGCCUUCCGCAACACGUCGUGCCUGCGGCGCCACAAGCACGUCCACACGGGCGAGCGGCCGCACGCCUGCGGCGUGUGUGGCAAGAGCUUCGCGCAGACGUCCAACCUGCGGCAGCACCAGCGCGUGCACACGGGCGAGCGGCCCUUCCGCUGCCCGCUCUGCCCCAAGACCUUCACGCACUCCUCCAACCUGCUGCUGCACCAGCGCACGCAUUCGGCCGAGCGCCCUUUCGCUUGCCCCAUUUGCGGCCGGGGUUUCGUCAUGGCCGCCUACCUGCAGCGGCACCUGCGGACUCACGGCCCGGCCUCCACUGCGGGCCCCGCAGGCCCCGUCGGGCCGCAGCUCCCCGUCCCCCUGGCCGCCGCUCCAGCCCCCCUGGCCACCCAAGAUGUCCACGUUCUCCCCCACCUACAGGCCACGCUUUCCCUGGAGGUGGCCGGGGGCAUGGCGCAGGCUCAGCCCCCAGGCCCAGCUGCGCCCAACUCCCAGACCUUCCUGCUGGUGCAGACCGCCCAGGGCCUCCAGCUGAUCCCCAGCAGCGUCCAGCCUUCUACCCCUCCUCCCCCACCCGCCCCACCCAAGCUCAUCCUACUGCCCCCUGCCAGUGCGAGCAGUGGUGCGAGGCAGAGCCCUCGGGCCCUGGGGAAAGCCGGACAGGGGUCAGGAGUGGUGUGGCUGCCGGGCCCGGGUGGUCUGGGAGUGCAGGGGGGGAGCGGCGCGGGGGCUGGCGGGGCAGGGCAAAGCCUCAUUGUGUUACAGAAUGUGGGGAGUGGGGAGGCAGGGCCCCAGGAAAUGAGUGGGGUCCAGCUUCAGCCUGCGCAGGAAGUGACCACGGUCCAACUCCAGCCUGCGCAGGAAGUGACCGCAGUCCAGCUCCAGCCAGCCCAGGAAGUGACCACGGUCCAGCUGCAGCCCCUGGCAGGCCAGCUCUCCAACUCUACUGGGGGAGCUGUGGCUACCGAAACCCCAAACCUGCUGGUGGUUCAGAGUGGGGCAGCUGAGGAGCUACUCACCGGCCCUGGUGGCCCUGGGGAGGUGGGGGACGGGGAGGCCAGCACCGGUGUGGUCCAGGAUGUCCUGUUUGAGACCCUGCAGACAGACGACGGCUUGCAGAGUGUGCUGGUAUUGAGCGGAGCAGAUGGUGAGCAGACCCGGCUCUGUGUGCAGGAGGUCGAAACUCUGUCCCCUGGGCUGACCGAGGCGCCAGCCCCCAGUCCAGCGGGACAGAAACUCCUCAUCAUUCGCAGUGCCCCAGCUACUGAGCUGCUGGAAAAUAGCAGCGGCCCCGGAGGCGCCGCCACCCUGCAGCUCCUGGCUCCGCCGGCUCCAGUGCCCGCCUCUGCCCCCGCGGGAGUGCCCAUGGCUCCCGCCUCCCAGAUGGUACAAGUGGUCCCUGCAGGUGCUGGGCCAGGGGUCAUGGCUCCCCAGGGCCUGCCCUCCAUCCAGAUUGUACAGACUCUGCCCGCAGUCCAGUUGGUGCACACGUUCUGAAGACUGACACCUCUUGGCGCCAUACAGAGAACCUCCCAACUCCUGGUCCUCAGCUGGGCUGGGGUCAGCCCCAGAAUCAAGGGGCUGCGGGCUGGGCUUCUCAAUAAAGACCCGGUCUCUCUU